AGAGAGAGUCUGUGAGGAGGAAGAAUCGAGAUACUCACAGAAACAGAGGCAAAGCAUGCACUUGUGAGUCAGAGAGUGUGUGUGCGGGUGUGUAUGAGUGUUUGUAAGAGAGAGAGAGAGAGAGAGAGAGGAAGACAGGGAAAGACAUCUGGCUUCACUGAAAGAUAUUGCAUAGAAAUAACAUGCUAGUAAGAAUACCCAAUAAGAAGAGGACGGACAGAGCGUGAGAACACUGAAAUAGAGGAGAGCGGACGCAGAGAACUACGAAUCCUCUUACACAACUGACUGACUGGGUGAAUGAAUGAAUGAGUGAGUGAAUGACCAGGACCAUCACUGGACAAAAAGAGCCCAUCGUGGACAAGAAGAAGAACAGAAUGGUGCUUUGUGACGCAUCUGACAUCUCGUCCUCCAUCUUUCCCGUCCUACACCCUUCCAUCCAUCCUUCUUGGAGACAGGCAGUGAAGUCUUUCCUCCAUUCUCUCGCAUGCAACAGGAGCAUCUGAUGCGAUUGGCUGUGCUUAGAGGGACGAGAUAGCCUGAGACAGCAGCAGAAUCACAGGAACUUUGUGUCCCCAUGUGCGAAAGACAUUAAGAUGUUAUGAAUUGACCACACCACUCUUCCAAAUCCAGAGACUCACCACUAAAUGCACACUAGAAACAACUAAAUACAGGAAAAGAAACACCACUACCUAUGAGUCUGCAUAUCUGUACCACCCUGGGAAAAGUGCUGGAAGCAAGUAAGGUCUGGCAAGACUCCUGAGACACUCUCAGACCUGUCACGUCACCAAAAAGUGGACGCACAAUCUGUCAAGCUCAACACAGACCCCUUAAGGAAUUCUGGUCUUUUAAGGACUGGGAGAACACCUUCCAGAUCUUUCCUAUGCCACACGAGCACCUCCCUGAAAAGACUUAUCAGAACAAAGGUCAGGGAGGUGUAAGUGCAGUCAAUCACGAGAAGCAGCAAGAUCAGGGCAUGGUCAUACCACAACGGGGACCUGAAACAGGAAGAAGGUUGUGACAUUGAAGUGGGUGUAGCUUCUGUUUUUGGCUGGUUGCAUCAGUUCCUUUCUGAAACUCAUAAAGCAACCCAUGAGAAAGUCUACGGACGUUUGGCUAACAGUAUUAAACAACAGCAUUUCUUAGUAAGAUCCUAAGACUCUCUUCAAGGUACUCUGUGUUUAGGUCCUUAUUGUAUUUAUGUCCAAAUAAAUGUGCUGUAACAGUGAAAACACUGAAACAAUUGCCAACAUAUCUUCUGAUCUUGAGUGUGAUGCACUUGUAGUGUUUAGCCAUUUAUUUGUAAGAAAUAAUAUCAUUGAAUAUCCUAUUACAUUGAACUCUCAAUUGUGCAAUAUCAGUGAACAGGGUGUAAGUCAUUGCCUCAAAACUUUGUAAACCACUGGAGCCACAAGCUGCAACUUAUUGUGACAUCUGAAGCAAGACACAGUUGUCUGUUGUCCUUCAGGUCUUUUUAUACUGUGCACUGGCUGGAAGUCUUUGUCCAUCUGUGCCACAUAAAGACUCAGGGUGAAGCAGCCUGUGACCAAGGAGGGACUUUGAGACAGCAAUGGACAAACCCAUCCGUCCUCAUGUCCCCUGCAAUGGCUGAAUGUCCUCCCCCAGUGCACUGAAGACGUUCUCUGCAGGACCGUACACUACACCCAGUUCCUCUAGCCAAGAACACCACACCUAGGAGUGAAUGUCCUGCCUGCGGCGCCAACCUGUGACCAUCCCUAUGGACACCGUCAAGAUCAUCCAGUCGGAGAAGUUCCCUCGGGAGUGUCCGGUCCCCGUGACCCAGCCUCGCUACGCACCACCUCCCCGUGUGGCCUGGGAUGGAGGAGGCGAGGGCGAGGUUAUUGUUAACCAGGCAUGUGGGGACCUGUCCAUGGAGGUCAAUGGGAACACUGUGGUCCCACCCAGACCCCUAGUGUCUCCUCCUGCCCCCAUCCUCCGCCGUGAAGCCAGUUAUCUUGCCCAGCGCAAGGCCAGCACAUCCGACAUCUGCUACCAUCAGUUCCACUACAAGAUGGACGACGUAAUCGUCAACCAGUACGUGCUACGUUCUUCCUCCACCUCUUCCUCCUCCUCCUCCACCUCCUCAGGCCCAGUAAUGCCAUGCGAACCACUGGACUGCCCCACGUGUGGACACACCUACAACUUUGCUGGCAAGCGACCACGUAUCCUGUCCUGUUUGCACUCGGUAUGUGAGGAAUGCCUGCAGAUCUUGUAUGAGUCCUGUCCCAAGUACAAGUUCAUCUCCUGCCCCACUUGCCGCCGCGAGACCGUGCUCUUCACCGACUACGGGCUAGCUGCGCUGGCCAUCAACACCAGCAUCCUCAGCCGGCUGCCGCCCGAUCCGGCGGGGACCGUGCAGUGGGGCAGCGACGGUGACCGCAGCUGCUAUCAGACGGUCCGCCAGUACUGUCAGUCGGCUUGCACUUGCCACAUUGCCAACCCUCUUUCCUCCUGUGGCAUCAUGUAGACCGGAGGGGGCUGAUGACCGGCACAACUCAUCCCAAAAGCUAUCCACAUCUGAAAACCUUGAGCCACACACAUUCACCUUCUCCAAAGGGUCACAGAUGUAUCUGUAUAUUUAAUAGCACAGGAUGCUAUGUGGACUUGAAGUGAAAAGGACACUUGUGUGCAAAGACAGAGAUAUGAAAUAUCAGAGUAAAUGUAUUUUAUGUAUGAACUGAUUUCCCUAUAGCCCUCGAUCUCUUGUUUGGAUGUGUUCGUCAUUGACAUCUCUUUACAUGGGAAUGCCAAGGGAAGUCUAUCUCCCCCCAUACUGGGUAUAAUAAAGACCAAUAAAGAAUUUAAAGUCAAA